UUAAAGUAUAAAAAUGAAACCUCCAAGAAAAAAAAGUUAUGUUUCAUUAGAUAUUGGUUGUUGUGCUAUAAACAAGAAUGAUGAAAGUGGUGAAUCCUUAUGCUAUGGCUAUACCAAAAACAUAGGAAAAAUAUUACUAUUUUCACUUGGAUGCUUGUUGACAGGUGGUUUUUUAUUUUUAGUUUCAUACUGGAAACCUAAUUGGAAACUCUAUAUGACACACAGUCGUUGUAAAUUAUCUCUUGCAUCAAAAGUUCUUUUGCUUGAUAGUUUUAAUGCUAGUUUUGUGGAACCUGUAAGAGAGUAUCAACAUAAUCAAAAAGUUUUAUUUUCGUCACAAAGCAUUAUUGGUAUCACAGGAAACUAUAAAUAUUUCUUUCACAAACAUUUGAAGUAUGUGUUUGACGAAAAAAACGAUAAAUUUUUUCCUGUUGGUGGUAUUGAAAAUCAAGAAACCUUUAUGAAUUUACAUGAAAUGUCUAAAGGACUAUCUGAAGAUAUUCGUAAACAAGCUUUACUCUGGCAUGGAUCAAACUUAAUUGAUAUUAAGAUAAAGUCACUACCUCUCUUGUUUGCAGAGGAAUGUACAAAUCCAUUUUAUAUUUUUCAAGUUUUUAGUUGCAUCAUAUGGUUUCUUGAAAGUUAUUUUUAUUUUGCUGGAGUAAUUAUUUUUAUUACUUUAACCUCAAUCAUGAUAAGUAUUUAUGAAACUCGAAAGCAACUUAUAACCCUCAACAAAAUGGUGACAACAUCUACUACUGUAUCUAUUUUGCAAUCUGACGGGAGGGUCACAGAGAUAAGUUCUCAAAAUCUUGUUCCUGGAGAUGUUAUUGUGCUUCCAAAAUUUCGUUCAACUCUAUAUUGUGAUGCUGCUUUAGUUAGCGGAACUGUUAUAGUAAAUGAGAGUAUGUUGACAGGAGAAAGUGUUCCAGUGACAAAGAUUUCAAUAUCACGACCAAAUAAUUUUAAUGCACCUAAUAAUGAGAUAUUCAAUACAACAAAGCAUUCUAGAAACACUCUUUUUUGUGGUACAGAGGUUCUUCAAACUAGAUAUUAUGGUGAUGAAAAAGUCUUAGCAGUUGUUAUUAGAACUGGAUUUACAACAAUGAAAGGGGAGUUGAUUCGUUCAAUACUUUUUCCAAAACCGGUUGAUUUUAAAUUUUUUACAGAUGCUCUUAAAUUUAUUGGAGUUUUAUUUGUUUUUGCACUAAUUGGAUGUGGUUACGCUUUUUACGCAUUUUAUAAAAAUGGUUUUGCAACAUUUUUACUUGUAUUAAAAUCUCUUGAUAUUUUUACAAUAGCUGUACCACCAGCUUUACCAGCUGCAAUGAGUGUUGGCACAGUGUAUGCCUUACAACGCCUCAAAAAGCAAGGCAUUUUUUGCAUUAGUCCAUUAAGGAUAAACAUAAGUGGAAGACUUGAUUUGUUUUGCUUUGAUAAAACAGGUACUUUAACUGAAGAUGGUUUAGAUUUUUGUGGAGUUUUAAGAUUAAAUGAUGAAACCUUUAGUGAAAUUGAAAAUGACGUUGGAACAAAUAAUGAUAAUGUCACUAUUGCUAUGGCUACAUGCCAUUCCUUAACUACUAUUAAUAAUGAGCUAUGCGGUGAUAGUUUGGAUAUUAAAAUGUUUCAAGCUACAAGUUGGAUACUAGAAGAACCUGGUGCAGAAACUGAACGCUAUGAAAAUAUUGUUCCAUUAAUUGCCAAGUCUCAAAACCAAAGUGUCUUGUUAUCAGAAGCUUUAGAGAAACAAGAUUUUCCGCUAGAAGUUGCUAUUUUAAAGCAGUAUACAUUCAGUUCGGAACUUCAACGAAUGAGUGUUGUAACAAGACGAUUAGGUUCAAAGCAUAUGAAUGUGUAUGUCAAAGGUUCACCAGAAAUGGUUGCAUCACUAUGCAAACAAGAAACUUUACCAAAAACAUUUGAUGAGUGUUUAACAUCAAUUGCAAAAAAAGGGUAUCGUAUUAUUGCAUUAGCUUAUAAAGAACUUCCUAAAAAAUUACAUUGGCACAAAGUUCAACAUUUUGAGAGAAGUCAAAUAGAAUGUGAACUUAUUUUUCUUGGCUUUAUUGUCAUGAAAAAUCUUUUGAAGAAGGAGACUGCUCCUGUAAUUGAAAAACUUUAUAAUGCUCAUAUAAGGCCUGUUAUGAUUACAGGUGAUAAUAUAUUAACAGCAGAAAGUGUUGCACGGGAAUGUGGAAUUGUGCCUAGUUCUCACAAGGUCAUAUCAAUAACUUUAUCAAAUGAUGACUCUCGUAAGUUGAUUUUCUCUGCAGGUGGACUAUCAGAAGAGUUGAAACAAGAAAGUGAAAAUCUAUUUUUACACCGCCAAUACCAUUUAGCAGUUACUGGUAAGGCUUUUAGUGUAAUAAAAGAGUAUCAUCCUAGUCUUUACAGUAGACUUUUAAUAUGUGGAACAAUAUUUGCAAGAAUGCUUCCUGAUCAAAAGACAUCUUUGGUUGAGGACUUUCAAAAAAUUGGCUACAUUGUGGGAAUGUGUGGUGAUGGUGCUAAUGACUGUGGCGCAUUGAAGCGUGCUCAUACUGGAAUUUCAUUAUCUGAAGCAGAGGCUUCUGUUGCAUCUCCCUUUACAUCAAAAGUACAAAAUAUUAGCUGCGUUCUGCAAGUGAUUAAAGAAGGCCGCUGUGCACUUGUAACUUCUUUUAAUCUGUUUAAGUUUAUGGCACUAUACAGUAUGAUUCAGUACUCAAGCGUAUUGUUGUUGUACUCAAUUUCCUCAAAUUUAGGUGACUUUCAGUUCUUGUACAUUGACUUAUUUAUCAUCACUUCUUUUGCAGUUACUAUGGGUAGAACUGGUCCUACUGAUUUCUUGUCUCCAAAACCACCCUUAGAUCGUUUGAUGCACCCAAAUGUUCUGUUCUCAAUAGUGAUGCAAAUAAUCACCCAGACUGGAUUUCAAGUGUUAUUUUUUUUUUAUGCAAAGACACUUCCUAACUAUUCUAUUGAGCAUCAAACGCGUGGUGUACUGGUUAUUGAAAACUUUGAGAACACAAUUUUAUUUACAGCUACUAGUUUUCAAUAUGUUCUCAUUGCGCUAGUAUUUUCACCUGGUUUUCCCUAUCGUAAACCUUUUUAUCACAAUAAAGGUCUUGUUGCUUGCAUUGUUGCAUUUGUAAUUAUGAAUUCUUUUUUGCUUAUAAGACCAUGUAAGUUUUUUAUGAAAGUACUUGAAGUAAAACAAAUUCAAGGCGUAGCUUAUUUUGAAGUUGUUUUUGGGUUACUCUUUUGUAACUUACUGAUAUCUUAUAUUAUCGACUUUUUAAUUGUUGAUUCGAAUUGCAUGAGAACCUUUUUAAAUUUUUUGGAUAGAAAGAAAGGAGAAAAAAAAAUUUAUCAACAAUUGAUUCCUCAUUUCAUGACAGAGCCUACUUUAAAUGAGUUUGAUGAAUUUUGUAACUCAGUAUUGACUUAAAUCUUCAUUUUUUAUACAUUAUUUAUACAUAAAUAUAUCUUUUUUAAAUGUAUGCAUUAGUACAAAAAUAAAUUAUACAAAA